AUGUCCAGCGAACCGACCCAGUACAUCCGCCCCGCGACGCCCGCCGACGCCCUUGCGCUCUCCAGGAUUUGCCUCCUCACCGGCGACGCGGGCCAAUCAGCAGAGCACCUCCACAAUCGCCCCGAGCUGCUCGGCCUCGUCUACGCGCUGCCCUACGUCUCCCCCGCGCUCGCCUCCGUCACGGGCGGGUACGUCCUCGCCGAGCGCCCCCCCUCCUCCGAUUCCUCCCCCUCCUCCGAAACCAUCCUCGGCUACGUCCUCUUCGCCUGCCCCACGCGCACAUUCGAAGCCCUCGCCGAGGCGCACUACUGGCCCCCCCUCCGCUCUCGAUACCCCUACCCUCCUCCCGCAACGGACGAGGACAACGCGCUGACAGAGAAAGACCUCCACUUUCACAAACUCAUCCACAACACGGACACGAUGUGGGCCGCGCACCCCGGCGCGCUCGCCUUCUCCCCCGCGCACCUGCACAUCGACCUCCUCCCCGCCGCGCAGCGCAAAGGCUGGGGCCGGCGCCUCAUCGGCCGCGUCGUCGACCACUUCCGCGCGUCCUCGCGGUCGGUGAACGGGGUAUGGGUCGGGCUCGACCCGCGCAACGAGAACGCGCGGCGGUUCUACGCCAAACUCGGGUUCGCGCCCAUCUCCGGCGCGCCGGAUAACUGCAUGGGCCUGCGUUUCGCGGACUGGGCUGAGUAA